AUGGCCAAUUCACUUGCGUCACUGAAAAGCCUACCAUGUCCAGCGGGGGACAAAUGCACAGCCUUUCAGUGUUUAUUCAAACAUGGUAAUGACAUCGACCUGCCUGUUACUCUUAGCAAACAUUCAGAGGAGUCACUCACCCAAGAAAUCACAACACCUUCCGACCAAGUACUACCCAGGAAACGAAUCAAACUUAACUCGACCACACCAGCUCCGCCUCAUCCACAAGUUGCAAAACAGGAUGUCAUGUCUCCUCCAGAUCACCUAAGUAGCAAGAAAGCCUCCUCUCCGCUCACUAUGGAUCGAAAGCGACCAGUAAGUGAACCGGCUGAGGCUGAGGAUAGCCGGGCCGAGAACCAUUACCGGUCUAGAGGUCAUCUAGGUGCCAUUCGGCUUGAUGCCACUCAGAGUGAAGGCUCCCUUUCCCUAGCGCGUAGCAGCUCAACUUCUUCCGUGACUUCCCAGAUACGCAAGAGUCCAAGUUUAGCUCCACACACUAUGAAAGCCUCAUCUGUCCCCACUAGCAAGGUACCUAGCCAUGCGGGAUCUACUGCAAGCACUACAAGCACUGCCAGUACAGUUUCUAUUAGCCGUGCUUCGAAUACACAAGCAAGCAAACAUACCCAAUCAUCCACGCAGUCAUCAGCUAAGAAGCCGGAGACGCUGAACCCUCGCUUAUUGAAGAAGUCACCAGCCCAGCAUGGUACACGCCUCAAGCUCGUCGGUGCCCUGCACGAACAAUAUGCCCGCUUGAAUUCUGAGCUGAAAAAGGGUGCUAAAGAUAAGACGUCGAGACAGUUAUUGCUAUCUGACCAAGAACUCAUUAUAAAAACGCUCGACGACGAGGAAGAGGUAGCUAUCAAGCGAUUUCAGAUCUAUGCAAACGCAAUAAGAAAUAAGAUCAUGGCAUACAAACGCAUGACUGUGGCCGAAUGGAAGGAAGAGCGAACAUCAGCCACCAAGACUAGCGACGAGCAGACUGCGCCUGAUCUUCCCAAACCCAUCGACACCGGUCUAACUCGAGCUCAAGAGGUUGAUUUUGUCCCUCGACUAGUCUGGCCUUUCGACGGUCUCCAGAAGCACGGCUAUGUAUCUAAAAUUCCUCUAGCCGAAGACAUAGAGAAAGCUCGCGCAAGCGUCACCGCUUCCGGCAAUGUGGAAGUUUGCGAUAGAUGCACAAGACGCUUCCAGGUCUUCCCGGGCCGAAGAGACGAUGGUGCGUUGGCAUCAAAUGGUACUUGUACGUACCACCCUGGGAAAGUCUAUUUUACGGAACGUGGUCCUGGUAAGUUAUCACAGGCCCAGAAGAAAUAUCGUUGCUGUCACCAGAAUGUCGACGACGACUCGGGCGGAUGCGCCACGGCGUCCACACACGUAUUCAAGACAACGGAUAUCAACCGACUUGCGAGUAUCCUCAAUUUCUGCGAGACUCCACACAACCCAACCGCCCCUAAAGAUAGGGCUGUUUGUUUCGAUUGCGAAAUGGGUUACACCGUCUAUGGUCUUGAGUUGAUCAGAGUAACCGCGUUAUCUUGGCCAAAUUACGAGAUCUUGGCCGAUAUACUAGUGCAACCAUAUGGCGAGGUGUUGGAUCUGAAUACCCGCUACUCUGGCGUUACGCCGGAGGCCAUGGCCUCGGCUGAACGAUGGGUGCCUGGAGAAGAUCAUAGACCAACGCCAUCCUCUGAAGCAAAACCCAAGCUCAAGAUCGCAUCAGAUCCCAAAGCAGCACGCGAUCUUCUUUUCUCACUGAUUAGUACAGACACGCCUCUCAUCGGUCAUGGACUUGAGAAUGACCUUAACGCCAUCCGAAUCAUUCACCCUACUUGUAUCGACACCAUCCUCCUGUUUCCUCAUAAGCGCGGUCUCCCACAUCGAAACAGCCUCAAAAUGCUGAUGGAAACGUUGUUAAACAAGAAGAUCCAGCAAGAGGCAGAUGAGAGCACACCGGAGGGUCAUGACAGCGCGGAAGAUGCAAAGGCCGCGGGUGAACUGGUUCGACUCAAGGUUCGUGAUGAAUGGAAGAAUCUCCAACUAAAGGGCUGGAUUAUUCGCGAUGGCGAGAUCUCGGUUACCCCACCUGAUAAAUAA